AUUUACUGUCCGCCUGGACGAGUGCCGGCCCAAAGAUAAGAGCAGGAGGGAGGAGAGGAUGUGGAGCUGAACUCGCUGCUGUUCAGCACUUUUCCAAGUUCAGGAGCGACUUGGUUUCCUCAGACAGCUCCCUUAGCUCUGCUCUGAAGAGCCUGAACCUCAGAUGAAUGGGAGGAAGUGCUGCUGGCUGACUUUUUCCUCCCACAAAGACGCACUUCCUCCCAGCUCUGCUGUCCCCACUCAUCAGCGGCCGCAGGACACACGGAGGAGCAGCAGAGGAACAUGAAGGCCCUGGUUCUGCUUCUGCUUCUGGGAUCCAGCUGUGUCUGCACGACUUCCUUUCCCAGUUUUUCUUCAUUUAUGCAUGUACCAGAGGAGUUAUCCAGCAGUCCAGUCAGAACCAACACAAAUGACCCAUUGCCAAACACCAACAGAGCCCUGGGAACCACCCAACGCAUUAACAUCUCCGACAUCCACAGUUCAUCAGCUCAUGGAGCUUCAGCCCAUAGAGACACCACCAAACCUUCGGAUUUACUUCCAGAUGAUACAUCCUCUGUCUCAGAGCUUUUUUAUCCAAACACAGACCAAACUGUUUUAUCCAGUGUUGAUGUGUCAACCUCAGACCAGUUAAAUGGUCAUACUGUUCCAUCUGGUCCAAGUGUGUCCACCACUGACCAAUUAGAGGCUCACAAUGCCUUAUCUACCACAGGUGUGUCCACCCCCAAUCAGUUGAAUGUCCACACCGUGUCAUCUGGUCCAGGUGUGUCCACCCCCAAUCAGUUGAAUGUCCACACCGUGUCAUCUGGUCCAGGUGUGUCCACCCCCAAUCAGUUGAAUGUCCACACCGUGUCAUCUGGUCCAGGUGUGUCCACCCCAAUCAGUGUGUCCACCCCCAAUCAGUUGAAUGUCCACACCGUGUCAUCUGGUCCAGGUGUGUCCACCCCCAAUCAGUUGAAUGUCCACACCGUGUCAUCUGGUCCAGGUGUGUCCACCCCCAAUCAGUUGAAUGUCCACACCGUGUCAUCUGGUCCAGGUGUGUCCACCCCCAAUCAGUUGAAUGUCCUCACCGUGUCAUCUGGUCCAGGUGUGUCCACCCCCAAUCAGUUGAAUGUCCACACCGUGUCAUCUGGUCCAGGUGUUUCCACCACCAAUCAGUUGAAUGUCCACACUGUGUCAUCUGGUCCAGGUGUUUCCACCACCAAUCAGUUGAAUGUCCACACCGUGUCAUCUGGUCCAGGUGUUUCCACCACCAAUCAGUUGAAUGUCCACACCGUGUCAUCUGGUCCAGGUGUGUCCACCCCCAAUCAGUUGAAUGUCCUCACCGUGUCAUCUGGUCCAGGUGUGUCCACCCCCAAUCAGUGUGUCCACCACUGA